UUGGGUAUCCAACUAUCCAUUGCUUUGCUGAAAUCAGUGGAGUUCGAUACAUCGGUUUGGCCUUCGAGGCAUAAACGCUUGCAGAGGAAACGUUGAAUCAAAACAGAACAACGUACAUUCUGCAAUUGAAAACUAAUAAUGUCAACUGUCUUCUCAGCUGUAACCCUUUCCCCUCUACGGUCGUUAUCCUCUACACUAAAAUUUUCUAAUGUUUACCCUUUCAAAUUUCAUCCAAAUGGGUACCAUCCAAUUCUCUCCAAAUCCAGGUCACAGUCCCUAAUUGCCAACUCUUUGCUAUCUGAUAAGUUUCCAACGGUGGCUGCCCCAUCAGUAGGGCCUAUUCCUCCGUCUCAUCUCAUUGAAGUCGUUAAAACUGCAGCAAAUACUGGCGCUCAGGUUGUGAUGGAAGCAGUCAAUAAGCCUCGAAAUAUUACAUAUAAAGGAUCAACUGACUUGGUGACCGAGACUGAUAAAAUGAGUGAAGCUGCCAUAUUAGAAGUGGUGAAAAAGAAUUUUGAUGAUCAUCUUAUUCUUGGGGAAGAAGGAGGAGUUAUAGGAGAUACAGCAUCUGAUUAUCUCUGGUGCAUUGAUCCUUUAGACGGAACAACAAACUUUGCACAUGGUUAUCCGAGCUUUGCUGUCUCUGUUGGAGUUCUAUAUCGAGGGAAUCCUGCUGCUGCCGCAGUGGUUGAGUUUGUAGGAGGUCCAAUGUGUUGGAAUACUCGCCUCUUCUCUGCAACUGCAGGUGGUGGAGCAUUUUGUAAUGGCCAAAGGAUUCAAGUGAGCGCAACUAAUCAGGUGGAAAAAUCUCUUCUAGUGACAGGCUUUGGGUAUGAUCAUGAUGAUGCAUGGGCUACUAACAUUGACUUAUUCAAAGAAUUUACAGAUGUCAGCAGGGGUGUAAGACGGCUUGGUGCAGCUGCUGUGGACAUGUGUCAUGUAGCAUUAGGAAUUGUAGAAGCUUAUUGGGAAUAUCGUCUAAAGCCAUGGGAUAUGGCUGCUGGUGUUUUGGUAUGCUCUUCAAGUUUUAUAUCAUAGAAAGUUAUUCUGACA